GCCUAACGAGGUUAUCUCGGACAGGUAACAGCAUCUAGAUUGUGUGAGCUGCAUUUUGGACGAUAUUCAGAGAAUCGACGCUACUAUUGUUCGCCAGGGAGAGACACUGCCAUCUGUUUAGAACCUGGACUGAUUGUGUCCACAAAAACAGUGCUCCAAGCAGGGAGAGAGGCUGACAGAAGCAUGCUUGUCUGCUGCCGCAUGGAUCGACAGUUAACGGAGACACGGCCGUCCUGCAUUUGGUCUUAGAUUGUGUCUACAGAAGGGGACACCCUCCACAUGAGGUGUGACAAAGUGUGGAUUGUGUAGUGUACUAGACUGACCACAACAUGGAUUACACCUGGACAGACAUGGCUAGAAGAAAGGCUGGAACAUGUCCACUAUCCUUACGGAUGCUACUAUUACUAUGGGUUGUGUUCACUGGAAGCUUCGGGGAUGUUUUUGUCGCAGAGGAAUGUCUGAAUGCUUUGGGUAUGCAGUCUGGUGCCAUCCCUGAUGACGCCAUCACAGCUUCUUCAUCAUAUGACAAAGCUCAAGUUGGGCCUGAGAAUGCCAGGAUACGUACAGAAAGAAAAGGCGGAGCCUGGUGUCCAACAUUAGCCAUUACCAAAGAUGUUUACGAGUACUUGCAGAUUGACCUUGGAAAACUCAUGGUCAUUACUAUGGUGGAAACACAGGGUCGAUUUGGAAAUGGAAAGGGUCAGGAAUUUACCAAACUGUUCCUUCUGGAAUACCAGAGAGAAGACACUGGUGGCUGGCUCAGGUUCAGAAACAAGAAAGGUGUAGAGAUAUUCGAAGGCAAUGAUAACACCUACCAUGCUGUCCUACAGAACGUUCAGCCGCCUAUUAUAGCAAAGCGUGUGAGGUUUAUCCCCUACAGUCAGCAUCCUCGGACAGUGUGUAUGAGAGUGGAGCUCUACGGAUGCACUUGGGAUGAUGGUUUGGUGUCCUACUCGAUGCCGCAAGGAGAUCGACGGGGUUCAGAAGUUGAUUUGUAUGACUUUACCUACGAUGGAAUUAUCAAGAAUAAAUACCUCAAGGAUGGGCUCGGUCAGCUGACUGAUGGAGAUGAAGGUCACACUAACUUCAGAUCGGACAAGAAGGGCCUCGGUGUUAAAGGAUUUGAAUGGGUCGGAUGGAAAAAUGACUCGGCUUCAAUGAAACCGAUCACCAUUGUUUUCAAGUUUGAACAUGUGCGGAACUUUUCCAAAAUUAUGAUCCAUUGCAACAACCUGUACAGCAAGGAAGUCCGGGUGUUCCGGAAAGCUAUCGUCCAUUUCAGUAUAGGAGGAAAAUAUUACCCAGGGCCUCCGGUCAGAUAUAACUUUGUGCGUGAUGACUAUUUUGAAGACGCUCGUCAGGUGAUGAUUCGACUUGAAAACAAAGUGGCAAAGUACAUCAAGAUGGAGCUAUAUUUUGAAGCACGUUGGAUCAUGAUAAGCGAAGUUAGCUUUGAGUCAGAAAUAGUCACGGGUAACUUCACCCCAGAGACUGCUCCGCCCACCACUCUUGCUCCGUCUACUAUAUCAACCACUCUCCAGAAUAAUCAAAAUGGGCGAGAUAUGGUUUUAGCAUCGACAAUGAAGGCUCCAACACUCCCAAAGUGGAAUAUGGAGAUCGUGAGCCCAGCAUCGCAGAGCACAGAUACUAUUACUAAAAAGGGAGAAACUGCAGAAUUCGAUGAUGGAUAUAUCGGUGUUAUCAUUGGUGCUCUCGCUGCACUGAUUGUCAUUCUUAUCAUAAUCAUCGCUAUUUUCAUCAUUCGGCACAAACGUCGCAAGCACAACAAUAACCGUCGCAACCUCAAACCAGUGGUGGAUCGCCAUGUCACAAUAAACCUGAACGACUUGCGUGGAUCCACAAACGGUAAAAUUUCAAAUGGUAAUAUGUACAACAGCGUGGCAACAGAAGAGGGUGAAUCGGAUCGAGAGACUUAUAAUGCCGCUGACAAACUGGGCAAGCCGGUCUACCUGGAACCCAAAGACACGAUUCAGGGGAGAGAACUCCCUGAGCUUCCCGCGAGUCCUGAAUCUGGUGAUUCUAGAGACUAUGCGGUGCCAGACAUCACCAAGUCUGCGCUGGUCGUCAAUCUGCCGCCACGACCUCCACGACCUCCGAUGUUACUUCCUGCCAUGAACGGCAGUCUGGACAAACCUCCCAACUACGAUGCACUGUAUGCUGCUGCAGAUAUCGUCAAUGUCCACGGGCCCAACAUUCCAAGUUUACAAGGAGUCAGUGGAAACAACGUCUACGCAGUACCAAAUGCUGACCUUCUCUUAAGCAUUGACUACUCUGUGAUGGAAUUCCCCCGAGAAAAUCUCCGCUUUGUGGAGGUGCUAGGGGAAGGGCAGUUUGGUGAGGUUCAUUUAUGUGAGGCUUUACGUAUCAACGACAUCCUUGGUGAUGACUACACCAUGAGCAGGAACAAUCCCCGCUCCAUGCUGGUGGCAGUGAAGAUGCUCAGGCCGAACGCUGACGACAGAGCUAGAUCUGACUUCCACAAAGAGAUUAAGAUAAUGUCCCAGCUGAAGGAUCCCAACAUCGUGCAUGUACUGGGUGUGUGUACACGAGAAGAACCACUCUGUAUGAUUGUAGAAUACAUGAAAUAUGGCGACCUCAACCAAUUCCUUAUUGAUCAUGUUCCUGAAAGUCCAGUUGCCGAGGCAACCAAUGCCAAGACACUCAGUUAUGGCUGCUUGAUCUUCAUUUCAUCUCAAAUCGCGUCUGGUAUGAAGUACCUGGAGUCUCUGAACAUGGUGCAUCGAGACCUGGCAACCAGAAACUGCCUUGUUGGGACUAACUACACAAUAAAAAUCUCUGACUUUGGCAUGAGCAGAUCUCUGUACAGUGCGGACUAUUACAGGAUUGAGGGCAGGGCUGUUCUGCCCAUACGCUGGAUGGCUUGGGAAAGCAUCUUGUUGGGGAAGUUUACUUCAAAGAGCGAUGUGUGGUCCUUUGCUGUGACGCUAUGGGAAGUCCUUACGUUUGCCAAGGAUCAACCAUUCGAUGUACUGACUGACGAGCAAGUUAUUGAAAAUGCUGGACAUUACUAUCGGAACGAUAACCUGCAGGUGUAUUUGCCACAACCUCCAAACUGUCCAAAAGAAAUUUAUGAUCUAAUGCGAGAGUGCUGGAACCGUCAGGAAAGCGAACGCCCAUCCUUCCGGGAAAUCCACAUGUUCCUCCAGAGGAAAAACAUGGGCUACAAUCCAAAAGACGAAAAACUCAGCCAAAUAACUGUACCAGUAUGUUGAUGUCCCAGAAUUCCUGUGACAGGAAGUGUGUGGUCCGCGCGACGAGCUAGUCAGACAGAAACACAUAUCACAUGACUUUGAGAGAGAUCAAGUCCUGUUCUCGUUGCCAUACUCCAUGGUUGUGCACUUGCUUCCCUUCCCGAGCCAGAGAGCUCCAAUCAAGGGAGGCAACAGCCUUUAGGGUGCUAUAAUUUUCAGAGUGUGAAUAACUGUGUCGUUUGUGAAACCAAAGGUGUAUAAGGUACACUGUGAACAAAGAUUGCCAUGAUACAAUGUAUAGUAUCCAUGGUUACGGAGAACUCAGUGUGGCUAUUUUUUGACAAUAGUGAAAUAUGUGUAGCAACGUUAGAGACAGUAGCCCUGGAACUAAGUCACAAGAUGAAUGCAGGGGUAGACUCAUUAUUUUGUGUUUGAAGGGCGACCUGAGAAGAGAAUACCAAUGAGCAAUGGUUGUUACAGUGUGAUGGUUGACACACACCACGGGUCUAACUGAGACCUGCGAUUUCACAAAAUGAUUACACUGCUCAAAAGUGACAAAAUACUAUGGACACGAUUCCAUGACCUUUUAAUUCAUGUGUUUGCUAAGACACAAGAUAUAUGUCCCAUUCUUGGAAGACUUGUAUUUUCAUUUCAAGAUUAUGUUGUUAGAGCAGUGUGUUAGAUUAUCUGCUACAAGAUCCUUGAGGAUUUCUGCGAGUCCCAGAUGGAUGGCGUGGAGGCAGGGAAUCACAUCUCAAGGUCGUCUGGUGUCUACACGGAAUCCCAAAGACAAUUCAAGCCAUGAUAUAGUAUAUAAAAUAAAUGUGCGGGACACUUUAUCCCUCUUACAGCAUGUUAGAGGAGAGUGUACAGAAUUUUGUACUUAUUUUUGUUUAAACUAUAUGUGAAAUCAUGUCAAGAGAAAAGUGUUAUAUCAAUGCUUUAGUCAGAUAGACUGAACUAUAUUAGUCUGUUACUCACUCAUACCAUCUUCCAGAUACUUCUCAGUUUGGUUUUCACUCAAAAUUUAAAUAUUUAUAGACAAAUAUUUUAUGCCUUUUUCUGAAAUAACAUUAGGGUAAUGAAAAAGAUAUUUAAAUCAAUAUAAUAGCUCAAUGCCUGUGAUUAAACGAAAUGUUUCAUGUUGAUAUACCUGUAGAUACUGGAUAUCAUUCCGCAAGUUUGACGAACCAUUUUUGCCACUUAUAUCCCGUACUGUAGGUCACACUAUUUAUUUUAAUUGUAAAUCUUGACAUGAAACAGAAAUACCACUUCAACCCUGAUGUUUUCAUUCUGACGGACAAGAUAACAACUAGUCUGUGAAUAUUUAAUACUUAACUUGACUUGUCAGUUUCUGUAUUUACGUUUUAAGCUAAUACUGUACAUGACCUCGGUAUCAUUAUGAUAUGACAAUAUGCUAAAGAGCUGUAUGAUAUUUUAUAAUGUGUAUAUAUGGCUUUCUGUUAUUGGUCAUGCCUCCUCAUGUAUGUGGAGUUUUGGUAGUGCUUGUUUGUAACAGGGAGGAGGAACAACAGUGAUAUUAUAAAUCUUGCUACAGAAAUAAUUCCAUUUUUCUCAGAUUUUCCAAAGAUGGCGGUAGACAUUGUAGAAUUGUGUUUUUGCUUAGAAUGAUAGAUCUAUCUUGUUAGCAAGAGAAUGAAUAAGUUAUUUAGGCAACAUUUUAUGAUGAAAGGUGAAAUAUCAAUCUUUGUGUGAUGAUUUCAUGUAAGUCUACAAACUGAAGCAAGUGUCCGUCAUUAAGGAACAGAGAGUCUUGCUGAUGGUAAGAUAAUAGAGUAAUUACUUAUGUCGAUAUACAGCGCAAGACAUUUCGGCCAAUCUGAAAACUCCAUGGGGUGGAGAGUUAAGAUAAUUUAAGCUUUAAAGCAACUAUUUAUUAUAUUUGGUUGGGCUGCACAUUUUAUUUUCUUAGAUAUGAUUUUGUUGAAGACAGGUUUGGAAGGGUGGAAUAAGAUCCUUAGUCAUUUGACAAAUUGUUAAGUAAACAAUUUUAACAGAUACCAGAUUUUCAUUUAUUAGGUGUCAAAAUGUUUGACCAUUAAAAUUGUUUUGCUCAUUCUCAGAAUAUUUGUGUGUUUCUUUUUCAUAUUUUAAAUUGGUGAGCCAGCGAAUCUGAAAGUAAGCUAUAGAAAUGUGUACGGCCUUGAAAACAAGCAGGUUAUCAAAUCGGACACUUAAGGAACUUUCUCAGUGCAUGACGUCAGGAACCACUCAAGAUAUCUUUGAACUCUUCUAUAUAUAUAUAUAUAUAUAUGCUUGGAGCUUUAAUUACUAUUUUAUUCUUGUAUUCCUUUUCAUUUGUUGUGUGUUUGGAAAUGGCAAAUAAACACUUUAGCACAUUAAUAUAACCAUUGUGCCAAAAUCAUAUGCUUGACAAUGAUCAUUACUCAACCUGGAUGCUUUGCCAAGAUUGACAGACACUCACUUUCGUUUUGUAUGUACUGUUACAGCAUUCAAUCCAAAUUUUGUCAUCAUCUUUUUGUAGUUUUGUAUCCGUGUCUUGUGUGUCUAAAUUGUCAGCUAUAUUCUCUCUCAACCAAAUAAGAACAAAAUUGAACCAGUUCAAUAUUUUAUUUGAAUUGAGAGGAAACUAGUUAAAGAUCGAAAAUUAUCAUCAUUCAUUAAUUUAUGUUCAUAGUAAUUCAAGUGGAAUUGAUUUUAGUCAUUGUUUAUGUAGUCAGUGUUAUUCUUAAAAAGAUUAUGUAUAUAUGUACUACUCAAAAUAAGUUAAGAAUACUAGUUAUGUGACAAAAUAGUGUUCUUAAACUUGUUUUGAACAGUAUAUGGAGUAUGUAGUAAAUAUCCGAGAACUUGAAAUAGAAUUAUUAGAACAACACACUGAAGAAGACAUAUUACAUUGUUUAUUGGGCAGAGGUGUUUUCUGCUGAAUAUUCCUGUGUUCCUGUUACUGUGAUCAGUACACUGAUUAGAGGGAAUUGAAAUGGCCGCAUUAGAUGUCAUAUGUACAUAUGUGUUAAAGGGACUCUCCACCCGGGAUUCUUCUGGGGGGCUGUUAUCAUUUCCUGGGAUGUGUUAUCUACAGCACGAGCUGAAACCAAGCACUGCUGAUACGUUUUGUAAAUGCAGCUCCCCCUUCUCUCAUGGGACAACUCAUUGAGCUGCAGUAUGUGAAUAGAGCCAGCUGUGUUGACAAUAUACUACUCAAACUGUUAAGGAUCACUAUCCUUUCAUAUAACUAUAGGUAAUAUGUCAUGGCAGAUUAACUAUAAACAUGUGAAUUGGGUGAUCCUUAACUUGUUUUGAGUGUUAUACAUAGACCUAGGGUAGCUACAAUAUACUACUCAAACUGUUAAGGAUCACUAUCCUUUCAUAUAAGUAUAGGUAAUAUGUCAUGGCAGAUUAACUAUAGACAUGUGAAUUGGGUGAUCCUUAACUUGUUUUGAGUGUUAUACAUAGACCUAGGGUAGCUACAAUAUACUACUCAAACUGUUAAGGAUCACUAUCCUUUCAUAUAGGUAUAGGUAAUAUGUCAUGGCAGAUUAACUAUAGACAUGUGAAUUGGGUGAUCCUUAACUUGUUUUGAGUGGUAUACAUAGACCUAGGGUAGCUACAAUAUACUACUCAAACUGUUAAGGAUCACUAUCCUUUCAUAUAAGUAUAGGUAAUAUGUCAUAGCAGAUUAACUAUAGAUGUGUGAAUUGGGUGAUCCUUAAAUUGUGUUGAGUAGUGUACAUAGACCUAGGGUAGGCCGGACAUCUUUAUUAGGAUAUAGUAUCAGGAGGAGAAGGCACUAGGGACAUUUCAGUUGUGAGUUGUAUGGAAAGUAGUACAUAACAGGGUUCAUUUGUUCGAGUUAAUUAUAAGUCAUUGGUCACGUGACUUCAUGCAGCCAAUAGAGUGUUUUAUGGCUAACGUUAUGCUCUGUGUAAAAGAUUGCACUGAAUGAGAUGCCUGCCACAUACGCUAGUGGAAUUAGGCAGAACACCAAAACUGUGUUUAACAUUCAUUGGUUGUGAUGCUCUUAAUUAAGGUCUUCAUCCUGGUACUCUGUUCGCUUCAGAGAUGUACUGCCAUCUGACCACUCAUCAGUAUGCUGACGCAAUCAUCUGUUGAGUUCUCUUCAGCUACUGGUGCUUGGCAUUUGUGUUCUUCAUUUGGCUUUCAAUAAGCUGUCACUCCAUAUGCCUAGCAUCUCAUCGAUUUGCCAUUCAGAAUAUAUUUUAAGACAUUUCUUGCCUGCUUGCAGUUUUACUUUUCACCUUUUUUUAAUUAUGUAACUGCAGUCAAAUUAAGGGUGUUACCUCAAACAUAAUGUUUAUCAAACUGCUUCAAAACAUUUUUCUAUUAUGAAAUAUACUGCUAAAAUAAAGUUAAGCAUCACACAAUUCUUCUAUAUCAAAUAUAGUAAUAUGAAAGCAUUGUGUGGUCCUUAACAUCUUUUGAGUAGAGUGUUUUAUUUUACAUAUAAUUUCUGUUUCUGUCUCGUUAUUCUGUUUAAAAACAAAACAAAGGUCAUGGAAAGACAGAAGUGUUUUCAAACUGAACAUCUUUGGAGCAAACAGACACAGGUUUCGUCAGACUUACACAAAUUAGGCAUAAUAUCAAUGUCUUACCAUAUAUUUUUCUAUAUGGAUAAAUACAUCUGUACAAAUUAUACUACAAUUUUGACCCUUUUUCAAAUCCAUAGAAAAAGGGUGCAUUACCUCCCCAUGGUGUCUAUUGUGUACAGGUAUUCUGUAAAUCCUUGAAUAGUGUUUGCUAUUUGAAGAUUUACGGUAGUCGGUGUUGUCCUGUUUUAGAGCAUUCACCUACAUGUAGUCAUGACCAUAAGUAGUUCACAACUGUUACAGAUAGUGCGCAGUCCAUGGUAAAUGGUAUUACCUUUUGCAAGCAUAAUUGGACAUUAUCUCCAUCAAAUUGACGACAUUUUCAUGUGUUUUGAUAUUGUGCAAAUGUCUAUCUCCCCCUGGAUCAGCUCAACAUGGCCCUAUCUUCAGUUUCAACUAACUGUUGUUGACCUAGGUGGUGGAAUUAUUUCUUACAAGAAUCCUAUAUUUUGACCUGAGAAAUGUUAGUACUUUGUUUGACGGGUAUUACUGUCACAUGCUUCUCAUUGUUUAGAUGCAGCUUAGCAACAACUUGACUACGGUAUUUUGUCUCUUAAAAAAAGUCCAAAAGCUGCACAACAUAUUGUACAGAAGUAUAGAUGAGGGAGAGGUCAGUGUUCAGAUACUUGUUCAAUUUCAAGAUGAUGUUCCUAGCCUUGUUGACAUUCUGUGGUUUGUCUGAGCCAGACUAACAGGUUCCACUCAAGGUCAUUUCAAGGUCAAGUAUAUGGUAACCAGUUUAAAGACGCAGAAUAUUGUCCCAAGAAAUUUGUGGUUUGUGUGAGCCAGACUAAAACUCCUUAUUAGGCUGAAGGAGUCGAGCAUGUAUUGACCUGCUGAAUAAUAGUCCUCGGUUUAUUGACAGUUGUGGUUUGUCUGAACCAGACUAAAUCCAUGGUUCAACUCUCGGCUGAAAGGGGUACAAACUCUGCUUCCUCACUCACUGAUUGCUCUGGAGAGUAUGUUGUACAGUAUAUAUGUUUGUAGAAAGGACUAACCAGUGUGAUAUUUUGUUAUGGCACUGUAGGCUGUGGUUGUCUUCUGUGGGUGGAGAUACAACCGAUACAAGGUAGACAACUCUUAUCAUUACAACGAUGACAACAACAUCCCCGAUUCAUAAUGCUCAUUAUAGAUAACAUUAUGGUAUACCUUGACCUACCUGAUCGAAUUGUUGGUGUAUAUUCUAUAAAGUAGUACUGUAAGUAUGAUCAGUUCAUCUCUGUGUAAAGUUUCGUAUUUGCACUUUGUUAGCUCUCGCAACACAUCUCCCCUGAAUGUACUGUGUUACUACAUACCAUGUAGUACAGAAUAUUGAACUACGAUCUUUUUCACGUUUCAUUUUGUCUUCUCAUAAAUGUAUAUUGAUGCAAAUCAAAGUUGCUGUUCACAAGUGAUUGAUUUUUACAAUAUUUAAAUGUUAACCGAACUACGAGUAUAUGUUGUUUUCUGAAACAAGACUUCCACACAUUUUUCAAUAUUAAUGUUCGAUAAUGGUUUUACUGAUAUCCGACUGAAUUCUGUUCCUGAUGAUCCCAGGAUCAAUCUCUCUUGAAUCUCACCAGUAUUAGUUUACUUGACCAAUUUUGUUGCAUUACUAUACCCAAUCUGAAUCUUCAUUUGUAGCCUGGACAACUCUGUUGAUACUUAAUUUAUUUCUUGAUUGUAUCUUUAUAUUUCUGAGUGUUCGUCUCACAGAUGAUAUACAGUGGUAUUGAAUAAAUACCUAUACAAUAUGGCCGACUUGACAAGAACUCGGACCUUGCUUUUCUAUUUACGUGAUGAUACAGCUGCGGAAGUUUUCUUUUAAAUGAUGUCCUCGGAAUCUAUUGUAUGGCUGAGGCGCCUUUCCAUUUUGAAUUCACUGUUUGAUAUAUUGUGUCUCUCCUGCCAUCACAAACUAGAGAUAAUUACCGUUGUCAGAUUUCUUGUCAAGUGGGUAAUCCUGUACAUGCCCAUCCGGUAUACUUAGCUGCAUGUGUUGUUGUAGAGGAAGGGCCUUCUACAUAGGCACAGAGGAUGUAACUUUUAAUGUAUGUUUAUUUGCUGAAACAUGAAAGAGACGCGCUUCAUUCUUUAUCUGUAAAUAAAAGCGCAUUGUCAAAAUA